UACGACGUUUCGAAGCCAAACGUGGCUUAGAUUCCCCGCGCUGCAGUACGCGUCCACCGUAAACGUCAACGAAACCUCGCCAAAAUUCGUUACAAGUACAAAUCUGCAAUCUUGUAACUUCUGAAGAAUAUAAUCAUCUUAUAGCCAAUUAUUUCAAAUUCUUCAUCGGAUCAAAUUUUUAUUGAACUUGAGUUAUCCGGGGUAUACUUCAUUAAUUUGAAAUUGUGGGAUCGCUGCUGAUUAAAAAGCAAGAUGUAGAAAAUGAAAAGUGAUGAACGGUUAAAAGAAUUGAUUGCUAUUUUAUCUGGUGAAGGUGAAUAUCAUCUUGUGAAGCGAAAAUUUGGGUUCUAGCGAGCUGUGAUGUGCAAUGUGGCAAAUAAGCAGCGAUUUUGUGGUGUUAUAGUACCCUGGUUUAGGCCUUUUGGGGUGUUCAAGAGUUCUUGCGAUAGAGAUGGAAAAGAAAAGGGUGGCAGAUGAUCAUGAAGUUGAGCCAGCCGUGCCUGUAAGAGUUGAUAGAUUUGGAUUUGUGAAGCAGGAGCAAAACUCUGCUGAAGGUUUAUGUAGGAGCAGAUCAGCUUCUGAGUAUGAAAGGGAGGAAAGAAGGAUUAGAAAAUGGAGGAAGAUGAUUGGGGUUGGAGGCAGUGAUUGGAAGCAUUAUAUUCGGAGGAAACCUCAUGUUGUUAAAAGACGAAUUAGAAAAGGAAUUCCUGAUUGCCUGAGAGGACUUGUUUGGCAGUUGAUCUCAGGAAGCCGAGACCUCUUGUUGAUGAACCCAGGAGUGUAUGAGCAACUAGUCAUUUAUGAGACAUCAGCUUCUGAGCUGGAUAUUAUACGAGACAUUUCUCGGACAUUUCCUUCACAUGUUUUCUUCCGGCAGAGACAUGGACCCGGUCAGAGAUCACUUUACAAUGUGUUAAAGGCAUACUCUGUGUUUGACAGGGAUGUUGGAUAUGUACAGGGAAUGGGAUUUAUAGCAGGUCUCCUGCUACUUUAUAUGAGUGAGGAAGAUGCAUUUUGGUUGCUGGUGGCCUUACUUAAAGGAGCUGUCCAUGCUCCCAUGGAAGGUUUAUACUUGGCUGGACUGCCUCUUGUACAGCAGUAUCUUUAUCAAUUUGAUCACUCAGUGAAGGAGCAUCUGCCAAAGUUAGGGGAGCAUUUUUCUCAGGAAAUGAUAAACCCUAGCAUGUAUGCUAGCCAGUGGUUCAUCACUGUUUUCUCUUAUUCAUUCCCAUUCCAUCUGGCUAUUCGUAUCUGGGAUGUCUUUCUUUAUGAGGAUGUAAGGAUUGUUUUCAAAGUAGGUUUGGCUCUCUUGAAAUAUUGCCAUGAUGACCUGGUAAAAUUACCUUUCGAGAAACUCAUACAUGCUUUACGUAAUUUCCCCGAGGAUGCCUUGAAUCCAGAUGUGCUAUUACCACUGGCCUAUUCAACUAAGGUGUCGAGAGGUUUGGAUGCACUGAAGCAGGAGUAUGAAAAGCAAAAUGGGAAGCAAGCUGAAGCGAAUAGGAAGCAGGGAUAACAGCAAUCCUGAGCAAGGAGGCAUCCGAAUCAAGAGAGAACCUGAGUCGCCUUUGUAUAUUAGCAACCCUGAGCAAGGGGGCGUCUGAAUCGACAGAGAACCUCAGCCAAUGUUGUACAUACAAAACUAUUAUUUGUUUGGAUUCUGAAAUCUGCGUUUGGCUGGUGUACAUACCGAGACUUGCAUUUAGUCGGCCGGUUGGAAUUUACUCAUAAUCGACCGCGAUUGUUUGGUUUGAUUGAUGGACCCUUUGGGAGUUUCUCUGCUCUCACUGGGUCGUGUAUAGCAAGCAUGACCUUGGAUGGGAUUGAAGGCCCCAGUUAGUAAAUUAGUAGAAUAGAAAUGCUGUAAUCAACGGAAGAACUAGUUUGGCAGUGUUUGUUGAGAUUUUUUUUUGAUUCAGCAUAAUGCAUUAUCCCUUUCACGA